UCUCGAUAACCUCUUACCUCUAUAAAGCCUUCUCUCUCUCUAGAAGUUUGGGAUGGCUUUUAGAAAAAAUAUGUUAUUUUAGAUUUGCUUUGCCUAAAAAAAACUGAUUUAAAUUAGCUCAAGGACUUAUAAGAAAUAAAUUCUACAAAUUUUAUGCCUCAAGACAUCUUUUAAAAUAUUGAGUUUACUGUAGAAUGAAACUUAAAAAUAAAUGGUAUAGAGAUAUUUUCCUUAUUUUUUUAGCAUUUCUAUUAUAACGGUAAAAUAAAACGUAAAGACGUAAUUUUGCCUACAAAAUUUUGGGUCAAACCAAAACUGUCAGGCCUGAUUCGGAUUGAGCCCAACACAUGUGAAGCCCGAGCUGAGCCCAUAGCAAGAAUAUAGGCCGGGUUUGUAGCAGACUAGGCAGCCCGGUAGCCAGCUGCCGACGAAGGCUCCAUCUGGGUGAGAGAGAAGAAGAAACGGCUAAAGGCGUUUCAAAAUUAAAACCCCCGCUCUCUCUCUCUCUCAAUGCAUCGAUAUAUGCAUUUUGCUCGCUCUGGUUCAAACGCGCCACUUUUCUAUUGCAAAACUCUUCUUCCUUCUCUCAACCAUUCUUCCAAAAUCUCUCUCUCUCUCUCUCUCUCUUCCCACUUGGUCUCUGCCUUAUCACACGCUCCUCGUCUGCAUUGGAAUCCUAAUCUUAAAAAAUAGAUCAUUUGCUGUUAUCAUUGACUUUCCCACCGUUGACUCCUCAAAGCCAUGAUUCUUCAAUUUUGAUGAAUCCACUUUUUCCCUUACAUUCCAUUUACUACAAAAGACACCCUAGCUCCUCAACUAUCAACACAUUCAUCCUCUGCAAAAGCCCUAGUUCUGCAACUCCUGACGCAUUUAUCUCCUAUUUUGAGGAAAUUUUCAAGAAAAGAUGCCCCGAAUUUCAUCUUCACGAGCUCAGAAGCUCUUCUCUUGCUGGUUCAGGCCGGACACUUCAAUAAUGGAAGUGAAUAAAUCUAAUGUAGAUUUGAGAAAGUGUGAGAUCUUCAUUUGCCAUUCCCCUUCUCUCGAGGUCCAAAAUGGCAUCGCAAAGGACCUUCUCUCACACCUUCAGAAACUCAAUAUCUCCACUCUUUGUAGUAGAGAUUGUUCGAUCCCCAAUGAGGAGGCCAUUAAUGAGGCAACUGUUUGUAUUGUAAUUUUAUCAAGGGAUUUUGCGAAUUGCACUCUUUGUCUUGAAGAGCUGAGGCUGAUGCAUCAAAGCAAGGUUCAUAUGAUUCCAAUAUUUUAUGAUGUGAGGCCCUCAGAGGUUAGAAGAACAGAGAAGGGGGUCUACAGGCCUGCUUUUGAGGAGGCUGAAAAAUCUAUGCAAAAAGAAGAGUGGAAGUUUUUCUUGCAGAAGACAGGUUAUCUCUCUGGUUGGAAAUUCAGCGAUUUUCGAGGGAAUUCACGCAAACUCUUGAAGGCCGUGGUACAAGAUGCGAUCAACAUGGUGAAUGCCAAUGUAUUGGAAGUUGCAAGGCACCCAGUUGGCUUGGCUGAGAAAACAGAGAAACUCCAGAGGCUUUUAGAAGUUGGACGUGAAGGUACAGGUGCAAGGGUGCUUGGAUUGGUAGGAAUGGGUGGCAUAGGCAAAACAACACUGGCCAAAGAAUUCUUUAGUAUUAUGCGCUCGCAGUUCAAGGCAUUUUCCUUUGUUGAUGAUAUCAAAGAUAGAGUUGUAAGAGCUGGAUUGGAGAAAGUUCAAGGUUUUCUACUAAAGGACUUACUUCAAAUAGACCAUCAAAUUCACAGUAUUAAUCAGGGGAAAUUUCUUCUGAGAAAGUGUUUGUCUAGGGCAGAAGUCAUUAUAGUGCUUGACAAUAUUGAUGACUUUGAUCAGCUUGAUGCAUUACGGGUUCCUGAGGUUGUCCACUGCACUAGCAUAGUUUUAAUUACAACCAGAGAUAGACGACUGGUCGAGUGUAUCCCAAAUGCGUUGAUAUAUGAUAUGGAUGGGCUUGAAAAGCAUCAUGCAAAGGAGCUUUUUUGCUGGCAUGCAUUUCUCAUGCCCCAACCUGCUCUUGGAUUUGAUGUCCUAGUCGAUAACUUCGUGACUUACUGUAAUGGGUUACCCCUCUCUCUGGAAACUCUUGGGGCUCAGGUUUUUGGAGAAACCAUUCAUAUCUGGGAGCGAAUACUACAAACAAUUGUUGAGAUUAUACCAGGAGAUAUUGAUAGGCAUCUUAGAGUCAGUUAUGAUGCUCUUGAUUGGUCAGAGAAACAAAUAUUCUUGGAUAUUGCAUCUUUUUUUAUUGGUGAAAAUAAAGACAUGGCCAUCAAAGUUUGGGAUGCAUUUAAGUGGUUUGGGUCUGUUGGGGUUCAGUCUCUGCAACAGAAAUGCCUUGUAAAAUUGGAGAAGAAUAAGUUUCGUAUGCAUGACCAACUCAGAGAUAUGGCGGCAAAAAUAUUAGAAGAGGAGGACUUCAACAAUCCUGGACGUCGCUCUCGCCUAUGGCGGCCCAAUGAUGUUAUUAAAGUCUUGGAUGAAGAAAGUGGUUCUGAAACUGUUCAAGGACUUACCCUGAUAGUGAACGCAGUUGAAGAUGACAGGAGUCAUUCUUUUGUUGUACCAAAAUCCAAAGUCAUAAGGAAAAAAGGAGGACCUUUGGUGUGGUCUUUAAGUUCAUUUGCUCCCAUGACAGAAUUACAGUUGCUGAUACUAGAAGAUGCUUGUAUUGAAGGUGAUUUUAGUUUUCUCUCGAGGAAACUUGUGUGGCUUCGUUGGCGCCACUCCCCGAGUGUAUCUUUUCCGGUUGGAUUGCCACUUACAAAUCUGCAUAUCUUGGACAUGUCAGGAGGAAAAUUUGCUCACUUGUGGAACGACGACCAGGAGAUACCUGUAAAAUUGCAGGAGCUGAAUUUGAGAGGUUGUGUUUAUCUUCAGGGCUUUCCAAAAUCCGUAAAAUUGUUGACGAGACUGGAAAAACUUGUCUUGAAUCAUUGCCUUAAUCUUGUUGCAAUAUCUGAUGAAUUUUGUUAUAUUCAAGCUUUAAAAUACUUGGAUCUAUCUGGCUGUGAAAAUAUGCAAGCUUUGCCCGAUAAUAUAGGCAAUUUGAGAAAUUUGCAAUAUCUGGAUUUAUCUCAUUGUGAAAGAUUAGACUAUUUGCCCCCUACAAUCGGAGAUCUGUUGAAGUUGGAACACUUGGAUCUGAACGGAUGUAGGGCCUUAUUAGAAAUCCCUGAAUCAUUCCAAAAACUCACAGAAAUCAGAUAUCUUGAUUUGGAACAUUGUUGGAAAUUGCGGGUUGAGAAAGAUAUCAUUGGGGGCUUUAAAAAAUUAGAGGUUUGUCGGGCCUUCUCAUGCAAAACAUUCUACUUUCCCAGUGUCAUAUCCUGUCAAAGAUGCAUCAGAGAACUUUUGGUUUCUUGUUCUCAGUUCACCGAGCUCCCUGAUUAUUUUGGGGAGCUUACCAGUUUGGAGGAACUCUGUCUAUGGAAUGGGCAUGAAGUGAGAGCAUUUCCUACAACUUUGUUUACAAAGUUGACUCAAUUGAAAAAACUUACCAUUGGCUUUUUCAAAUUGCUUGAGGAUUUGGGAAGUUCCAUUAAGCAUUUAAGGAAGCUUACAUCAUUUUCCAUUUUAUCCUGUCGCAUACGUCGUUUACCCAUGGAAAUGAGUGACCUAAAAAAUAUGGAGUUUCUGUUAGUCCAUAACUGUCGAAAGCUUAUGAAGUUGCCUGUCGGGAAUAUUUCUGGUUUGGUCACCUUGUCCCUAUCUGGCACUCCUCAACUUAAAUUGGAUCCUGAAGCUUUCCCUGACCUUUCAGCUAUAAAAAAACUGCAUAUUGAUGAGUGUGUUAUUAGUGAUGGGUUCUUGAAAUUUAUUUUUGAAGGGUUUCCUUCCCUUGAGGAAUUGGAACUUAAAAAUUUGAGGCUACCCAAUAUGCUUGGUAUUGGAAAGUAUCCUGCUAAUCUCCAAUCUGUAUCAAUAUUGUCCUGCUCAAAUAUCAAGGAGUUUGAAAUAGUUGGAGCAUUCAAGUCACUUCAAAUAAAGGACUGCCCAGGACUGAAGAAGAUAAUUGCUUCUAAGUUGUCUAUGAAGUUACAGACAUUGUAUUUGGGUCACUGCAAGCAUCUAGUUGACGUUUGCUCCAUUGAAAAUCUGCAUAGUUUGGAAUAUCUAAAUUUUGAAGGUUGUUUUGAUCUGCAAUCCAUUGAAAAUCUUGAGAAGCUGAACAAAUUGACUGAGUUUCAUUUGUUUUUGUCGGAUAAGUAUCUUGUGGAGAGCAGCAAUCAAGAAAAGGAAAAGGUAGAUUGGUUACAGGUUAGUAUUACUGGGGAUGCUUCUUAUAGAUUGUUUAUCUGCUCUUAAUACUCUGGGACUUGAAAGAGAGUUCUGGUUAGUAUUACUGGGAAUGCUUCGUUUAGAAUUUUUAUCUGCUCUUAAUACUCUUGGACUUGAAAGAGAGUUCUGGAAGAUCUUAUUCCAGUUAUUGUGGUUUCAAAGUUAUUAAGAUUUUCCUUCAUUCAGUUUUUUUCUCAUUUUGUUAUUUUUUACUCCUCUUUAUCUAUGUAGUUUCACCCAUGUUCAGAUCUGGGCAUGCAUGUGUAUGCUUGUGCUCUUGUUCGUGUGCAUGUCCGAUUGUUUACUUCUUGGUUUGAAUGAUUACUUGGAUGUACAUGGUAAUUUAUUGAAGUGGACGCACUGAAUAUUGAAAUAAGUGAUGCACCAUGUCAUCAUCUCAUUAGUGUCUCCAAAAGAAUUUAUUUAUAUAAACAGGAAGCUUGUGAGCACUCCUAUUUUCAUAUGUCAUUCUUUUUAUUUGUGUUCCACUUGAAUAAUUUGGGCUUCAUUUGAGGGGGAUUCAUAUGAGUACACUCCUUCGUCGUGGAUAUGUGUCUUCCAUUCCAUAUGAUAAUAUCGUACCUUAUUUUACUGAAUGUGUGCUUGAUAUCUCCUAUUGUAGUUGCAACAUAUUGUCACAUUAUGUGCAGUGCUUGUUUUAACUGUCCCUAGAACCCAUGUUGUCUAGCAUGGGAGCUAUUUGGGUCCAAGAUAUACAACAUAGUUAGAUGUUCUUUUUUGUCCUUAAUCUUCUCCUCAAGAGUAGUCUCUAUGUAGCUCAAUAGCCUCCUUGAAGAAAUGACAUUGUUCAUAGAGCAUGGCUAGGGUCCAUAUCUCCUUGGUUGCAACAACUUUAUGAUGCAGGAGCAAGUAGGACCUCCCCUUUAUCAAUCCUCUUUGAAGAUUCACAGAUGAAGACAUUAGGCAUUAUUCAAUUUUCGCCGUGGAAGGUGAGUUCACUGAAAAGGGCAGUUCAGCAAGUUCUGACCAUAGUUGGCUCCAGUUGGGUGGUCUGGUCUUGUUUGAACUUGUUAAGGGGUAGCCUUGGAAGUAUUUAAUAGUCUUCGAGUGGAUUUUUGUCAAGAGUUAUCUUUCGCUUAUUUACCUGCAAAAAAAAGUUAUCAUUUGCUUAGUUUCAAUAUGUUUGUAAUCAAGUUUUGAGUUUUUGAGGGUGAAUUCCUCUCUCUCCACAUCCCCC